GUGACAUCAGAGCGCGCGUGCAGCAUCACUGAACGCAGGGCAUCAUCGUCCUCGCAGAGAAAGACAGCACAGACUCCACGCCCAGUAAAUACCACCAACCCCGCAUGAACAUGAGGUGCUGUUUCCUUGGUAACCAGACGGUCUGGGAGUGAAUGGUUGUUGGGAGAUAGAUGUGAUCUGGGAGGGGGGAGCAGGGGAUCUCAUCCUGUGAUGAUGUCAUACCCGACGGCCUCCUAUGAUCAGCUGGUGCGUCAGGUGGAGGAUCUCCGUAUGGAGAACUCUCACCUGCGACGUGAGCUUCAGGACAACUCACACCACCUGUCCAAACUGGAGAAUGAAACCUCAGACAUGAAGGAGGUUUUGAGGCAGCUGCAGAGUAAACUGGAGCAGGAGGCUGGGACGCUCGCAUCCUCGGGCAGAAGUGAUGUGCUGGAUCAACUCAAAGAGCUCCAUACGGACCUGACUAACUACUAUGAGCUGAAGUACCAGCCGCACAACCUGCGUGCAUUUCCAGAGACAAUGGCCGGUCAGUUAGGGGAAGGCGAGGAAAGACUCAGCAUCGGCAGAGCCAGGAGUCCUGUCUGUCCGUCAUCCCGCAAGUCCUCAUCUGCAUCUGGAGAGGGUACGGCCAUGCACCCCACGCAUCCUUAUCAGGGACCUGGAGAAGGUCGCAUCACUGCCCAACACCUGGAGGAACUGUGCAAAGAGAGGUCCAUGUUGCUGAGUGAAAUCGAGAAAGAAGAGAAAGAACGGCGGUGGUAUUACUCACAGCUGCAGAGUUUGUCUCAGAAACUGGCUGAACUGCCCCGACUCGAUACGUUUUCCUUGCAGGUGGAUUUAAUUCGUCAGCAGCUGGAGUUUGAAGCUCAACAGCUGCGCUCUGUUAUGGAGGAACGUUUCGGCACCAGCGACGAGAUGGUUCAGAGGACACAAAUUCGUGUAGCUCGGUUGGAGCAGUUGGAAAAAGAGCUUCAGGAGGUUCAAAGCUCACGAGCUCCACAGGAGAAGAACACUUUACCAGAGACUCAGAGCACUGAAUGCCUCUCAAAAGCAACUGUUCCUGACAUGGAUACAGGGAAUGCUGGUACUUCGGAUGCUCCUGGAGAAGCAGGGAGCAAAGUAGAGAUGGUGUUUUGGCUGUUGUCUAUGCUGGCGUCCAGAGAUCGAGAGGAGAUGUCUCGUACGCUGCUUGCGAUGUCAAGCUCACAGGAGAGUUGCAUCGCCAUGCGCAAGUCUGGUUGCGUCCCACUGCUUGUGCAAAUACUACACGAGGGAGGCACGGGCGAGGCGUCAGGGACCGGGGGUUACAGUCGAGAAGCCCGUUCCAGAGCAAGUGCUGCCCUGCACAACAUUGUGUACUCACAGCCGGAUGAAGGUCAGGCUCGGCGUGAGAUGAGGGUCCUGCAUGUGCUAGAGCAGAUCCGUUCGCACUGUGAGAACGGCUGGGACUGGAUUGAGAAUAAUUUGGGAACCCCCUCUCCUGGUGGUGCCAAAACCAGGGAAAUCCCUGAGCCAGUGGAUCCGCAGAUUUGCCAGGCUUUGUGUGUGAUCAUGAAGUUAUCUUUUGAGGAAGAAUACCGCAGGGCAAUGAAUGAACUAGGCGGCUUACAAGCAAUUGCAGAGUUAAUGCAGUUGGACCAAGAACUGUAUGGUAUGCAGAAUGAGCCAAUCAAUAUGGCCCUGCGGAGGUAUGCUGGAAUGACACUAACAAACCUGACGUAUGGUGACGUUGUAAAUAAGGCCUCUCUGUGCUCGAAGAAAAGUUGCCUUCGAGCUAUUGUUGCACAGCUUGCAUCUGAAAGUGAGGAGCUACAGCAGGUGGUGUCAAGUAUACUGAGAAACUUGUCUUGGCGCGCUGAUAUCAACAGCAAGAGAGCUCUAAGGGAUGUUGGCAGUGUGUCAGGACUUAUGACCUGUGCACUGCAGGCAACAAAGGAAUCCACUUUAAAGAGCGUGCUAAGUGCACUGUGGAAUUUGUCCGCACACAGCACGGAGAAUAAGGUGGCAAUAUGCUCUGUUGAUGGUGCUCUUGGCUUUUUAGUUAGCACUUUGACUUAUCGAUGUCAAACCAACUCACUGGCCAUUAUUGAGAGUGGUGGAGGCAUCCUGCGUAAUGUGUCCAGCCUCAUUGCUACCCGAGACGAUUACAGGCAAAUCCUCAGGGAUCAUAACUGUCUUCAGACUCUGCUGCAGCAUUUGCGUUCCCACAGUCUGACCAUUGUAAGCAAUGCAUGUGGAACUCUUUGGAACCUGUCGGCACGGAGUCCAAAGGACCAGGAAUUGUUGUGGGACUUUGGAGCUGUAAGCAUGCUGCGCAAUCUCAUCCACUCCAAGCACAAAAUGAUAGCCAUGGGAAGUGCUGCAGCUCUGCGGAACCUCUUAUCAAAUCGUCCUCUCAAAUAUAAGGAUACGGCUGUUGUAUCACCAGGAUCCUGUAUGCCGUCUCUCUACAUGAGAAAGCAGAAAGCAUUAGAGGCUGAAUUAGAUGCCAAGCACCUGGCAGAAACGUUUGAUUCAAUAGAGAAGCAAAAUUUUAAACACCAGAGUAUAAACAAACCACUGCGACACAUUGAGAGCCUAGCAAAGGACUAUGCUUCGGAUUCUGGUUGUUUUGAUGAUGAUGAGGCUCCUAAUGCGUCAGCCAGCCUGGACACAGGGACCUUCUCCAUGCUCUCAAUGUUCUUGAACAAUUCUAACUUCCUUCAUGCUCAGCCCCGAAAGCGAGAGGGCGAGCCUGAACAAGAUAUUGAGCCACCUCAAACCAACAAUAUAAGGUCACACCCCCCUGAUGAUGAAGUAACUGUAGCAGCUGAGAACUUAGCCAAGAAGAUCACCAACACAGUGGCUAAAAUUGACAAACUGGUAGAUGACAUUACCAUGCGUACAUCUUCCGAAGACAGUUUCAGCCUUAGUUCAGAAGAUCAUUUGCUGGAUUGGAAUUAUGGGCCAGAUGAGCUUCAUGAAGCAAGAGCCAUUUCUUGCUCCCCUUGCCAUUUCUCUGAUACCACUUCAUUUUCACCUAAAGAGUAUCUCAGCAGAGCACAUACCUUCUUGCGUCUUAAAACAGCCAAUUCGACUUUAUCAAAUGACAGCCUUAACAGUGGAAGCACCAGUGAUGGCUAUUGUGGAAGUCAGGACCAGACUCGUACCGCUGCAAGGCCAACUGAACAACGUCGUCCAAAUAAACUUGACCUUAAGGUGGCUCAUGAAGAACCACUGCACAGUGGCAUGCAUAUUUCGAGAAUUAUUUGUCAAAACGAGGUCCCUGAGAGAGAUUUUGAGACUAACAAAGAUGCCACUUUGCCCGAUUUAGGUUCCACAGAUACAGAAAAGAGCCAAGAACCUCUUAUAGCAACACCAGCAACCGUCUCAACCAAGGUGUCCUCUGAUAAUAGUAUACCAACUGUCAAGCUCUCUCCCUCCUAUCAGUAUGUUCCACUAAUCCAGAGUGUCGCCAAGUUUGGUGUUGCAAAUACUUCAAUUAAUGUGCAGGCAGCACAAGCAAUGCGCAGGCAAGCUUGGGUUCCAACAGUGAUGACUGGUGGAAGUAUUAGCAAAUUUUCCCCCAUAUGUUCUGCAAGAAGCCCCACAAUAGGACAGCUGGAGACAACUCAGAAGUAUUCUGUAGAGAACACGCCAAUCUGCUUCUCACGCUGCAGUUCUCUGUCAUCUUUGUCUUCUGCAGAUGGAGCCAUUGAUGGGCAGAGUCGGACUGAUAAUGAGCUAGAGAGUGACUCCUCACUAGAAAUCAUUGAUGUGGAAGACAUGAAUCUGGAGAGAAAAGAAGAGGAUGAGACACUUGAUGACUUGAGUGACAGCCAGUUAUUAGUUACCGAUCAGAAAACAUGCCCAACCAAUAAUAUUGGCACUGAUCCAGCUGAGAUCACUUGUACAGUUAAAAAUGAGAAGAGGUUCUUUAGAGGAGUAUCUCCAGGAAUUCUUGAGGACAGAACACCAUCAAGCUCCUCGGAAAACUACAUUCAUGAAACCCCACUUGUAAUGAGCCGCUGUAGUUCUGUGAGCUCACUUGGCAGCUUUGAAUCCCCUUCAAUUGCCAGUUCUAUUCUGAGUGAUCCAUGCAGUGAAAUGAUAAGUGGAACUGUUAGCCCCAGUGACCUGCCAGACAGCCCAGGUCAAACAAUGCCACCAAGUCGCAGCAAAACUCCAUGUUGUGCAGAAUCAGGUGGGCCAGAGACACACACUCUUGGUGGUGUAGGAAGCCAGUGGGAAAACAGCUUACGCAAGUUUAUGGAAAUCGCAGACUUUAAAGAAAGGUUUAACCUACCUCCAGAUUUGGAUACAAUGAUUUAUUUCACUGUGGAAAAACCAAUUGAGAAUUUCUCAUGUGCCUCAAGUCUGAGUGCCCUCCCUCUGCAUGAGCACUAUGUUCAGAAAGAUGUGGAGCUCAAGCUUACUCCUUUGCUAAACCAACAAGACAAUGAUCCAGAGGAUUCUGAAAAGGAAGAGGAUAUGGAUGACCAAUACAGUGACGGCAACUCAGAUGAUGACAUUGAAAUUCUCAAAGAGUGCAUUAAUUCUGCCAUGCCAUCUAAAUUUAAGAAGGUCAGGCCUACAGUAAUGUCAAACCAAGUUCUCAACAUGCAGUAUCGAAAAUCUGUGCCACUACCAGUGUAUAUGGUGCUGCAGAAUAAAAAUGGACAAAUAUGUAAUGGACAAAAGUUUGGAAUGUCUGCAAGAGAAAUUUAUCCUGAUGAUUCUUCCUAUACCGACUCUGCUGAAGGUACCCAAAUCAAUUUCUCAAGCACCACUUCCUUAAGUGAUGAAACUUUGCAAUAUCCAGUGAGGACUAAGGGACUAAAGGAUUGGAGGUCAAGAAAUAAAGAAACACAGGAGCUUGUUGAUAUAGAAGCAAAGAGAAUUGAAGACCUACGGAUGUUCUCUCGCUUUCACAAACCAGCAAAAAUGGCAUGUCAGUCUCACAUAGUCUCAAACCAAAUGAACACAACAAUUAGACACAAGGUUCCCACUCAAAGAAUACUUUUACAGAGUAAAGAGAUGGCAGCAAAAAUGACCCAACAGAGGAUUCAGAGUCAAUCUCCAGUUCGACAAAUUCAAAAGCAAGGACAGAAUUUGUCUAAAAGCAUGCCACAGUUAGAUAUUCCUACAAGGAAACAAAGCACUGAUGUGUACCAAAAUCAGACAUCUUGCUCUCUAAGUUAUGGCCAGGACAACACUUUAGCCUUUCAGUCUAGGCAUCACCCAACAUCUAAAGAAGUUCCUGUUUUCCACAAUAAGAUGGACAGACAGGACCGACUGAUAAACAGGACUGGACAAAAACUACAGUAUGAAUCAAGCAAGACUAAUGAAAUACGCAAUGCAAAUAUGCAAGUUAACAGUUACCAGUCUCGCCAAAAAGGUUUUCAAAGAAUUAAGCAAAACCUGAUUUUAGAAGAUGCACCUCCAUGUUACUCUCUGAGUUCCUCUCUUAGCUCAUUAAGUGAUGCAGAUUUUGAGGAGCACCACGAAAAACCCCAGCGUACAUGGACAAGGAAUAAACAUAAUAUAACUUGCAAACCUGGCCCAUUGAAACCUCAGCAAAACCUUAACCAGCUGGAAGAGAACAGCUCACCAAGCUCAGUCAGCAUGGAUUCAGAAGAUGAUCUUUUGAUAAAAUGCAUAACAUCUGCUAUGCCUCAACACAAGAAAAAGCAAGCUGCCAGAAAAAAGAAAUCUGAGAAAAAGCACAAACAGAAAGCUGCUCCUCAUAAAGCAUCAGAGAAAUGGGACCCUGAAAAUGACAGUGAUGAAAUGGUAUCAGAUAAAGACUCUGACCUCAACAGUGUUGAAUGGAGAGCAAUACAAGAAGGAGCAAAUACAAUCAUUACAAAGUUACAAGCUUCAAAGUCCCAGGAACCAUCCUCAGAGUCUGAGUCAGUUCUGUCUUUUAUGUCUGGUUCGAGUUUUACUCCUAAAGAGAAAAAAAUAUUUAAAGAUGAUAAAAAGGCUAAUAAACCACUUGAUUUUGCCCCUCGUAAACCAGUUCCUAACUUACCCGUGGUCUUUAGGGGUAGAACCGUGAUAUACACACCUAAGAAGGAGACAACUCUCUCUCAAAUACCACCACCCAAAAAAGUCACACCGAAAACAGAUGUCCCAAAAAAUCCAAAUCUGGCUCAACACAGGUCAAGGAGCCUCCACAGGCUAGGGCAUCCAGCUGACACCACUCAGUUGUCAUUGCCCAAGAGAAGUUCAACCCCUCCUGCCAGAAUACCAAAAAGUUCAUCAUCUGGAUCAUCACAGAGCUCAACUCCUUCUAGGCGUCCUCAGAAACAAGUAACUUCUCCAACACAAACCCUUAAACAACAUCAGGAAAAAGCGGCUUCAGCGCCAUGCAGUCCACCGGACAAAAGGGCAAGCACUUCAAACUCCAAUCAAAACUCCAAAUCUCCUAUAGACAAGAAAAGUCAAAAAUCCCCUGUGAGAAUACCAUUCAUGCAAAAUCCAUCAAAGCAAACAAGAAUCAUUUCACCUUUAGUAACCAACCAGCCCUCUAACAUUAGCAGACAAAAUACCCAGAUGUCAGGAAAAAGAGUCCUACCAGCAAACAGAAUGAAUUUGGUUCGCAUGACCUCCAGUCACUCAAGUAGUAGUGGUGAAUCGGACCAAAAUGGCUAUCUCAGACAACUGACAUUCAUCAAAGAAACGUCAAAGGUCCCAAGACAUCAUGCUUCCUGUUCCCGUUCUGUUCCUACAUCUCAGCAUGCCUCACCUCGAAGAGCAGCCCCAGGGGCCCCAGCGGUUUUCUUAUGUUCCUCUCGUUGUCAAGAACUCAAGGAAGCAGUUCAGGGUGCUUCCACAAGAAGAAUGCCUGUGAAUCAAGGACAAAGGCUAGUGCAGGAACAAGGGGGUCUUAGGCAGAGCGUGGCUCUAUCAAGAGCCAUCUCCAUUGAUAGGAAUGUCACUGUGAAACGUCCAACUAGACGAACAAGCUCAGAAAGUCCUUGCAGGGCACAACAAAGGAAUACACCUGGGCCGAAACAAAGGGAAAAGAGGGACGAUACCUUCAAGAGAUACUCUUCCUCACCAAGUAUAAAUAUCCUAAGUCGAGUCACCAGCCGCUCCUCUCUACGCUCCUCAUCUUCUGACUCAAGUGGCCGAGCUAAAAGUGAAAGGAACAGUAAUCAGAAGCAGCAAAGAGGUGGGUUGCGAAACACUGACAAAGUCGCAUCACGGAGCACUGACAAAGUAACCUGGAGAAGGAUUCGGGAUGAAGAAGUUCCCCAAAUAUUAAAGAGCACCCUACCACCCACCGCAUUGCCUUUGUUGCCUUCACCUGAGGGAAACAAACAGAUGCCACCACCAUUACCAGGAAAACUGCCAACUAUUACUCUAGCAUCACGGAAAACAAGUGACGCAACGGUUCAGACUGAGGACUUCCAAGCCAACAAAAUAAACUCAAGCACCUCCCCUACGAUUGAAAAUGGUCUUGGCAUUACAGAGGAGGCCUCAAAAAUGACCAUCCCCAGAAAAAUAAGCAUUGCCUUUGGAAACAUCCUACAAGAUGGGGAUUCAGACGGAUCCCUCAAAACCUACAGCACAGCAUCAACUUCUACCUUCCAGUCAGUGGAAAGUAUCCAUAGUGGUGGUGUUGGCCAUUUCCGUCAAAGCUCUCCCAGUAAAGCUGUCAGAGUUACACCCUUCAACUACACCCCAAGUCCCAUGGCCUGCUGCUCUCCCCAGGCACAAGGUCAAGCACCAACGCCUGUGAAAUCAGGUGAAAAACAUGAAGCUUAAAAUCUGUGUAGUUCACAUUUGCUGGCUUGUAUGUAUAAUGCCACCGAUUCUGUUGGUUAAUAGACACGAGUUUCUUUACCUCGGUUAUUUAAUCAGUCCUGUGCUUGCCAAUGCAUUCAAAGUUUUAUCAAUUUGGAAGAUUAUUUGGAUGUAGAGUCUCAAAGGAACAUGGACCUAACCAUACCACAGGGGAAGGUAUACAGUUUUUUGAUAUUUUUGUACAGUUAUAUUGACCAUUUGGACAAAUAAUCACACAUUAGAAAGAUUGUCACUGGGUGUUAUCCAUUGUUUAAAAUGAUGCCCCACAUGCGUAACAAUAUGCAAAAUAUUCUCUGUAAAACAAUUGUGACAAAUGACCAUGUGCCACCUUCACACCGGAAAAGACUGUUGUACUCUCACAAAGAGAACUACGUGCCACACUGACAGGUUAUCGCAGCCUAUUGCCUUCACAUACUAUUACUGCAGGUAAAUAUAGUUAAAAUAGGUCAAAUCUGCACAAAAUGUCUAUCUAAUCGUUAUGGUUAUUUAGUGAGACUGUUGUAAAUAUUUACCUAUUUAAAAAACUGUAGUCUAAUGAUUCCCAAAAAGCAACAUACUGUAUAAUCCUAUCAUCGCUACAAAUGGCAUGCUGAAUACUCAAACUGUGUGAUGUGGACUUUACAGUUUUUCAUUGAAAGUGACACUUUGAAGACAGCCAUGCAUCUUUCCCACACAUUUGCAUUUUUUAACAUAAUUGUAAUUGUUGAGUGUUCAGCAAAAAAAAAAAAAAAAAAAGAAAUGGUUGUACAUAUUUCUGCUUACAUAUUAAUGCUUUCAUAAUGUGUCAUGACUGUGUAUAAUCAUGUUAUGUUUUAAGUAUUUAAAAGUGAGAUGAGUAGCAACUCUGUGGAUUGAGACAAAUACUUGCCAUUUAAGAUGGGCUGAAUUUUAAGACUGCUGCUGAAUGUUCAAAAUGGCUUCCAUUCAACCAAAGCCCAUUGCCAAAACUACCGACUACACAAGCAAAUAUUGUAGACAUAUGAUUACUGUAGGUUGGAGUAUGGCUUAACCCUUUAGCCUGCACAAAAAUGUGUUUUUGUCUUAUUUGGUGAGGUGCAGUAUUUACAUGGACUUAUAUCUAUACCUGUAGUAUAGCAGCUUAAUCUGUCUCUUUUAGUCAGAAAACAUCUUAAAGUAACAUCACUGAUCUUGUUUGUAACCUUCGAGAAUGAUGAAGAGAAGUACAAAAGAUGUGCUGUGCUUGACAAUACCAACUGUUGAUGACUAAUUAUAAGAAAUUAGAUUUGACCUGUUGGUAAGGAUGAAGCAAUACGAUUCAAUGACGAAUGUGUUCUUGUGUCAAACAACUACUCUACAAUUCUAGACAGAAUAUAUCUGGACCUUAAAAAUUAAAUAGUAAUUGGUAACUCAAAUGCUACCUUCAUAAUAAUUCCAAUUUUAUGCAAAUUUAAGGGGUCUUGUUAAAGCCUGAAUUGGGGUCGAAAUGUUGUUUCAGGGAAUAUGGUGUAAACUAAAAGUGGACAAGGGUUGGAGUCUUUGAAUAAACAUUCUCAUAAAUCCUG